AUGAUUGAGGGAAUGGUGAAGGAUGGUGUUAUUGAAACUUCAUCUAGUCCAUGGUGUUCACCUGUGGUGCUGGUAAAGAAGAAGGACGGCAGCAUGCGGUUUUGUGUUGACUAUCGCCGCCUGAACGACAUUACAAAGAAGGACAGCUAUCCCUUGCCAAGAAUUGAUGACACGCUGGAUAUGCUUACAGGCGUAAAGUGGUUUAGUACGCUAGAUCUGAAAAGUGGCUACUGGCAGGUUGAAAUUGACCCUAAGGACAAGGAGAAAACUGCAUUCUCCACAGGAAAGGGUCUGUGGCAAUUCAAAGUCAUGCCGUUUGGAUUGUGCAAUGCUCCAGCAACGUUUGAAAGGUUGAUGGAGCUUGUACUUACCGGGCUAAUUGGAGAUGCUUGUCUGGUCUAUUUGGAUGACAUCAUCAUCGUAGGCCGUACGUUUGAGGAACACCUUCAAAACCUGGAACGCGUGCUCAUGAAGAUCCAGAGUGCCAACCUCAAGUUGAGUCCAAAGAAGUGCUCACUAUUCAAACGGCAAGUUAGUUUUUUGGGGUAUGUAGUGUCGGAAGAAGGUAUCCGCACGGAUCCAGAGAAAAUUGCUGCUGUCAAGGAGUGGCCGGUCCCAAAAGACAAGACACAGGUUAGAGCAUUUUUGGGUUUGUGCUCUUAUUAUCGGCGAUUUGUGAAGAACUUUGCAGAUAUAGCCAAACCUCUGCACAAGCUAACCGAGGAGAAGCGACAAUUCUGCUGGGAUGAAAGUUGCGAUAUUGCAUUCCAGGAGCUCAAGAACCGCCUGUGCAAAACACCUAUUUUGGGGUACCCUGAUGCGGGCAAGGAAUUCAUAGUUGACACAGACGCAAGUGAUAUAGGACUUGGCGGUGUGUUGUCUCAACGGAAUGGUGAUCAAGAGAUUGUGAUAGCGUACUUCAGCAAGUCGUUGUCAAAGCCGGAAAGGAACUAUUGUGUCACAAGACGGGAAUUGCUUGCUGUGGUAAAGUCCUUGCAGCAUUUUAGCAAAUAUCUUCUAGGGCGGAAAUUCCACUUACGAACUGACCAUGCUGCACUGAAAUGGCUAUUGCAGUUCAAAAAUCCGGAAGGACAAGUUGCGAGAUGGAUAGAACUACUGCAGGAAUACGACUUUGUGAUCGAACAUCGCAGCGGGAAAUCUCAUGGCAAUGCAGAUGCAUUGUCAAGAAGACCUUGCCCUGAAGAUUGCAAGCAUUGUACUAGGCAAGAGGGUAAGGAAGUGGUAUCUGUGAGAAUGCUCAGGACAGACCAGCUCAGCAAUGAGUGGAAGGAUAGCCUACAACAUGCACAGCAGGAAGAUUCGGACAUUAAGCCGAUUCUGGAAUGGAUGAAGGCCAGUGCUCCUAAGCCCAAGUGGAGCGACGUCUCAGCAAUGAGUUCGACCACGAAAAGCUAUUGGGCCCAAUGGGACAGCUUGCUGAUUCAGGAUGGAGUCCUGUGCCGUAAAUGGGAAAAUGGUCGGGGAGACAGGUGUCAUAUGCAAAUGGUUGUCCCUAAGGCUAAAGUGCCGGAUAUUCUACAGCUGUACCAUAGUGGUUGUUCAGGAGGCCACCUGGGAGUUAAACGAACUCUCCUGAAGAUCCGAGAACGGUUUUACUGGGUCCACUGUCGUGACGAUGUCAAGGACUGGUGCCGCAAAUGUACAAGUUGUGCGGCUGUAAAGGGACCUCAAAUUCGUAGUAGAGGCGCAUUGAAAUUGUACAAUGUUGGUGCACCAUGGGAGAGGAUAGCCAUUGACGUUGCGGGGCCGUUUCCAGAAACUGAAAGUGGUAACAAGUAUUUUAUGGUAGUGAUGGAUUACUUCACUAAGUGGCCAGAAGUCUUCGCCAUUCCAAAUCAAGAAGCUUCAACAGUUGCAGAUAAACUAGUUCAUGAAGUCUUCUGUCGUUUUGGAGUACCUUUAGAGAUUCACAGCGAUCAAGGAAGGAAUUUUGAGUCUCAAAUAUUCCAGGAAACUUGCCGAGUUAUGGGUACUCAGAAAACACGAACAACUUCUUACCACCCACAAUCUGAUGGAAUGGUAGAAAGAUUUAAUCAGACAUUGGAGAGGUACCUAGCAAAAGUUGUGGAAAAACGGCAACGAGACUGGGACAGGCACAUACAACCGUUUUUGUUGUCAUAUCGAAGCGCUGUUCACGAAAGUACAUCAGUGACACCAGCUUUCGCAAACUUUGGGAGAGAAUUGCGGCUGCCUGCAGACCUGAUCACCGGAAUACCACCUGAUGCCCCACGCAGUAUAACCGAUUAUGCAAAUGACUUGCGGAACAAAAUGAAUGACAUUUAUGAGCACGUCAGACAGACGGGCCAGCAAACGUCUGAGAAGAUGAAAACACGGUAUGACCGCAAAAUGAACAACAAGGGCUUUGAUGAAGGUUCACUAGUGUGGUUACACAAUCCAGUUCGCAGCAAAGGGAAAUCUCCUAAGCUUCAAGCUAAAUGGGACGGACCGUACCGGAUUGUGACAAGGAUCAAUGAUGUAACCUACCGGAUACAGAAAGGUGCCAGAGGUACUCCUAAGAUUGUCCAUGUGGAUCGACUGGCGCGUUAUUAUGGGGCCAAUAAUGCUCGGGACGAGCAUGUCUUAGGAGGGGGCAGUGUUACGCGCCACUAUUAA